AUGCCAACAGAUGGACCCCCUGCGAAGUUCCAGAAGACGGCUUUGACAGCGGCUGAGUCCAGCAAGUCCACAACAGGUCGAGUCAUCCUCAUCACUGGGACUGGUGGUUUCGUGGGCUUCCACUGCGCCCUUGCAUUAAAAAAGCGAGGUGAUGGGGUGCUCGGCUUGGACAACUUCAAUGCCUACUACCCCGUGGGCAUCAAGUAUGACCGGGUGGAGACGUUGGAGCGAGCCGGCAUCUACACCUUCAAGGCAGAUCUUAACGACAGAAGCUUCGUAGACCACGUCUUGAAGGAGUACGGUGUUACGCACGUCCUAGCUUUAGCGGCCCAGGCCGGGGUGCGAUAUGCGACGAAGGACCCAGCAUCCUACGUCUCAUCGAACGUUUCCGGCUUCGUCAAUCUCUUGGAGGCCUGUCGGUUUUGUGAUCCCAAGCCCAGAGUGGUCUAUGCAUCCUCCAGCUCCGUCUACGGCCUGAACACCGUGAGCCCCUUCUCUGAAGAGCAUCAGGUGGAUCGGCCGGCGAGCCUCUACGCAGCCACGAAGAAGGCCAAUGAAAUGAUCGCCCACACCUACAACCACAUCUACGGCUUGUCCCUGACGGGUCUUAGGUUCUUCACCGUCUACGGCCCCUGGGGUCGACCCGACAUGUUCGCCUUCUCGGCCACCAUCAAGAUCCACAAGGGAGAGGCUCUGAAGAUCUUCCAGGGCCCCGGUGGCUCCGAGUUGGAACGGGAUUUCACGUACAUCGACGACAUCGUCACGGGGUGCGUGGCGGCCGUGGAUAAGAUCCCGGAGUCUGUCAAAGGCACCGCCCACUGUAAGGUCUACAACCUUGGAAACAAGGAUCCGGUGACAGUCACCUACAUGAUUGAGUGCCUCGAGAGGGCUAUAGGGAAGAAGGCGAUCAAAAAUUACGUGCCGAUGCCCCCGACGGGAGAUGUGCUCAAAACCAGCGCCGAUGUGUCUCUGGCGGAGAAGGAGCUGGGCUACAAGCCGACUACCCCACUACAGGAAGGCAUCAACAAGUUCAUCAAGUGGUACGAUGAGUACUACAAGGAGGGCUUGACAAAGGAGAUGUCCACCUAUGUCCCGUACUAG